UAAAAAAAAAAAAAAAGACAGGACCCAUGUCUCAUACAUACCCCUUUUUUCCCCACGCCCAGCACACCGUAGGUGCUCUAUACAUGUAUUUUCCUAUCAGUGUUCAUGACCUAUCCGAGUUUGAGGCAGACACUAGACUCACCAGCGUUCUCUGUCCUGCAUGUGGGGCUGGACCUAAGGCUACCGGUCCUCAUGGGCUACUGAAGCUCUUCCCUGUCUCCUGGGUACCCUGAGCUGCAGGAGAAGGGAAGGAAGACUCAUCUCGCUGUGCCCCUUGCACAAACUAAUGAACAGCUGCUGUCCAGACGGCCCAGAUGGACUGUCCAAUAUAGGCCAAGUGGCCAAAACAGACUCAUACGUGCUAAUCAGGUACCAUCUGGAACCCAGUCCAAAUGGGGAAGCUGCCAACAGUUAACACCCAAGUGCCCAACAGACUGAGAGUGAGGUCCAGUACAGUAGUGCUGGGCUGAGGCACGGAAAUCCCCAUCUUGGAUCCGGAGCGCUCAGGCCAGGAAGAGAUGCCAAACCCUCGGGCAACCGCCUUCCAGGUUCAAGUUUUGAUACUCAUUGUAGGUGCACAAAACCCACAAGCUUUUUUUUUUUUUUUUCCUUCCCCUGCAUGCAGCAGCAACAGCUUCCUAAAAUGUCUCUCAGCUGCACAACUGCCCAUAACCGCGUGCCGUUUGGCCUUUCUAAAAGGCAACACCUCUGCACUCGAAUCUAGAACACCCACAGCCAAGUGUGUCACAUGUUGUUGGCUUGUUUGGUUGGUGGCUGGGCAUGGCGCCUCCCUCGAGGGCUGGCUUCCCCAGAGUUGAGUGGGCAAUUCUGAGAGUUCUUCGGCGACGCAGUCUGAACCGAAGGACACGUAUCUGUGCAGCAGUCACCCUCCGUGGGGGAAUGGAUUCCUUUGCUUUUCUGCUGGAGCGAGGGAAGUGCUUGAGACACUCUCCAGUGGACAGGAAGUGGAGGUGAGCCACUGCCAAACCUCCAGAUGAGGCAGAUAUGCACUUAUUUGGCCAUUAUCCCGCACAUGACGACUUCUAUCUCGUAGUGUGCAGUGCCUGCAAUCAGGCCGUCAAGCCACAGGUUUUCCAGGCGCACUGCGAGAGAAGACACGGGUCAAUGUGUAGGCCUUCUCCCUCUCCGGCAUCUCCACCCUCCAAUUCCAGGACAUCGUUAGUACAGGUGAAAACUAAAGCCUGUCUCAGCGGCCAGAACUCUGCCAGCAGCACCUCAAAGCCAUUCAAAACGCCCAAAGACAAUCUCCUUACCUCCAGCAGCAAACAGCACACGGUCUUUUCUGCAAAAGGAUCAAGGGACAAACCAUGCGUUCCGGUUCCUGUAGUCAGUUUAGAGAAAAUCCCUAACCUAGUGAAGGCAGAUGGUGCCAAUGUCAAAAUGAACUCUACAACCACUACCGCGGUCACCUCCUGCUCCAUGUCAUCCUCUGCUGUCUCCACCCCACCUUUAAUUAAGCCAGUCUUGAUGUCCAAGUCAGUGCCACCUUCCCCAGAGAAGAUCUUAAAUGGCAAAGGAAUUCUGUCUGCCACAAUAGACAAGAAGCACCAAAAUGGCACCAAAAACAACAACAAGCCUUACAGGAGACUUUCAGAGAGAGAAUUUGACCCAAAUAAACACUGUGGAGUGUUGGAUCCCGAGACAAAGAAACCUUGCACAAGAUCCCUCACCUGCAAGACACAUUCGCUAAGCCAUCGGAGGGCAGUCCCGGGCCGGAAAAAACAAUUUGACCUCCUUCUGGCGGAACACAAAGCCAAGUCCCGGGAAAAAGAAGUUAAAGAUAAAGAGCAUCUCCUGACUUCGGCAAGGGAAGUGUUUCCAAACCAACCCGGGCCGGCACAGGACACUCUGCCAGGACCUUCAGGGAGCUCUGGGCCAGAACCGAAAGUCGCCUCCCCUGCAAAAUCCAGGCCACCUAACUCUGUGCUUCCUAGACCAUCUUCUGCAAAUAGCAUCAGCAGCAGCACGUCUUCAAACCACAGCGGCUACGGCCCGGAGCCCCCCCUGCCCCCCGCCGGAGGGGACCUCACCAGCCGGCUGUCGAGUGAUGAAGGGGAGAUGGAUGGAGCUGACGAACCCGAGAAGUUAGACUGUCAUUUCUCUACCCACCACCCCAGACCUCUUGCGUUUUGCUCAUUCGGGAGUCGCCUCAUGGGACGAGGGUACUAUGUGUUUGAUAGAAGAUGGGAUCGUUUUCGAUUCGCACUAAACUCCAUGGUAGAAAAACACUUGAAUUCACAGAUGUGGAAGCACAGAAACCCGAGCCCCAGGGCGUCAGGUCCCUCCCCCCUUUUCAGGACUUGCCUAACCAAUCUGCUGUCACUGAGCAACAUUGGGGCUGCCUGGGUGUCAACUCUGGAGAGCGUAGCACCCCGCUGCCCUCUCAGCCUCGCUGCCCCAACCCCAGGCCCCGACGGGCCCGAACCUGGAGGCAUGGCAGCCGAUGGGGGCGUGGAAGACAUUAGGAAGAAAAGGAACGGCCAAGACUCUUUUUUCUUUAACAAGCAUUUAACUCUGCAUCAGGAGACGCCAACACAGUAUUCUCUUUCAGCCAGGAAGAUCCCUCCUGCGGCAGAUAGCCCCAUGCCCUCGCCAGCAGCCCACAUCACCACCCCCGUUCCAGCAUCCGUUUCCCAGCCUUUCAACAACCCCAGUGCCGUGUAUCUUCCUUCAGCUCCCAUCAGCUCGAGACUCACCUCUUCCUACAUAAUGACAUCAGCCAUGCUCUCAAACGCACCUUUUGUGGCGUCGCCGGACCCGAGUGCCCUCAUGUCACACACCACAGCUUUCCCCCAUGUGGCUGCAACCCUCAGCAUCAUGGACUCAACCUUCAAGGCCCCACCCGCCGUGUCCCCGAUACCAGCCGUCAUCCCUUCCCCAUCCCACAAGCCAUCCAAAACCAAAACCAGCAAAUCCUCAAAAGUCAAAGACCUGUCCGCCCGUAGCGACGAGUCUCCAAGUAACAAAAAGAGGAAGCCGCAGCCUUCGACUUCCUCCUCCUCCUCCUCAUUAACCCUGCCGACAUCCCUCUCGUCUCCAUUGUCAGGGCCCCACAGAAAGAACUGUGUCUUGAAUGCCAGUUCAGCCUUGAACUCCUAUCAGGCGGCCCCUCCCUAUAACAGUCUGUCUGUGCACAACUCAAACAAUGGGGUGAGCCCACUCAGUGCCAAACUGGAGCCCUCAGGACGGACCUCGCUGCCCGGCGGCCCCGCGGACAUAAUGAGACACGUGGGCUCGGUGGGCGGCAGCAGUGACUCCUGUCCCCUCUCUGUGCCCUCCCUUGCAGGGGACCUCUCUCUGGCCUCACACAAUGCCGUGUCUUCGCUGCCCCUCUCUUUUGACAAAUCAGAAGGAAAAAAGCGUAAGAACUCGAGUUCUAGUAGCAAAGCCUGUAAAAUCACUAAAAUGCCUGGUAUGAAUAGCGUUCACAAAAAGAACCCUCCCAGCCUUCUCGCACCGGUGCCCGAUGCCGUUAACAGCACCUCCUCUCGGCAGGUCGGGAAAAAUAGCAGCCUAGCUUUGUCACAAUCCAGUCCUUCAAGCAUAUCCAGCCCAGGACACAGCCGACCGAAGACCACAAACCGAACGGGCAGGAUAAGGACUCUUCCAUAACAAGACUGUGAAGCCACUUGGAAACCAAUGCCUGGCCACCUGGCCAAGGUGGGAGGAGGAGGGAGGGGAGCGCGCGGGAGGGGAGCGCGCAGCCGGGGAGAGUCUGUUUCCUGCACCGUGACUGUGGCUCGGGCCGUUCUUCUUCCUUUUUUAAUUGACCAGUUUUUAGUUUUGAAGAAAGAGCAAAAGGCAAAAGAACGUGAAUUUAAGAUUUACAGAAAACAAUACCAGUGUUCUGUUUGGGUUCUUUCAUUUGCCUUGUGUAUACGUAUACGUUCUUCCAAGUUCGGGGUCGCCCCUCUAGCUUCCCAUGCUGCUACUGCACCAUCAUUUCGCUCCAGCCACGAGCGCAGACAUGGCCCAAUGUCCGCUCCCGGUUGGCGUUGUCUGAAACUCUUGAACUUGAGCACGCGGUGCUCCUUUCCUCGACCUCUCCCACCCAUCCCUUGCAUCCCCUCCCACCUGCCGCUCACCGGGUCCACACUGGCCAUGCAGAAGGAGCCGGCUCCCCCUUAGACAGGGUGCUGGGGGUGGGGCUCUCCUGGGGAAGAGCCUAUGUUUGGGGCGCUGAGAGCAGGGAGCCCCGUGAGGGCUGAGCGCACUCAUCAGGGUUCUGCGCCGCACCAGCACUGCGGGAGCCAGAUGCUAUGAGCAAAACCGAGAAGAGUGGCCAUUGAACUAUGUCGUUUAGCCGAUACCACUGUCCAGCUGUGCAGCUCAGAGAGGAGCUACAGGGUCAGGGACAGGGGCUGGAAUGGUCCUGGAAGGUGACAAGAAGCAGAGCUUCUGCGUAGGGGAAGAUACCUGUCAAGACAGAGGAAAGCCGGUGUUAGACAUCUCUGCGGCAGAAUCCCUUCCAGGGUGCGGGUCUACAAGGGCGCCAAAGCCAGGCGAACCAGAGGCGGAGAAAUCCCAGGAAGGAGGGCACGAGACCCCAGGAGGUCCCUCAGGGCUUGAGACACAGCUUCCACGGUGCAAGUUCUUAAGCUGCCUUCCAUGGCUAGGCAAGAGGAGUAGAAGCAGGGCUGGACGUGCAGGAAGGGUCUGAGGGCAAACUUCCAUGAAGGGUUAAGCAAUAGACACCUGGGAGAAUAAGUAACUUGUAGCCCAGCCCUCCUGCCUCUGGAGCCCCCGGCCCCAGGGUCCGGGGAAGUCAGCACACCCAUCAGUCAGCUUGUGCUGAAAGAACAAGCCCCAGCCCGGACACAGCCACCCCAGGGAGGUGUGGUCAGCCCAGCUACCUACCCCUUAGUGCAGAGCUGUCUGGAAGUGUGGGAAGAGAAAAGCUAGAGCCUCACAGCUCUGCAACUGUUCACACUGGAGUUUUAAAAGAAAUAGCAAUAACCACAAGCUGUACUAUGGAAUGGUAAUCAGGAAAGGAAUUCACAACAUGAAAUAGGCAUCCUGUGCUAUUAAUCAUGAAAUUUUGUAUACGAUAUACUAGCAAGAGAGACCAGGAAGUUUUGCUUCAUCCCUAAAUCAGAAAUGAAUGCCAGUUUCACAGCUGGACCCAAACCUUCAUCCCAACCCCGAAGUUUCCCUUUUCCUUCCCAUCCCCACAACCCAAAGAUCAGACUACUGUUACGUUUCACCACAUUGGAUUUCGCGAAGACGGGAGGCAAAUGGAGUGAUUUGUAUCAAUGGAAUUGCACUGACCGUGUUUCUUAUAGGAUUCCUAAAAUUUUUAAUAUAAAAUGAAGAUUUUUUUAAAAAUCAGGAGUUGAUAUUAGGUACCAGGACAUUAGUUCAGAUGAUUUCAUUUUUAUUUCUACAGUGUUAAAAGUGCACUUAUAUGCCGGUUUAUUUACGUCUUGAGAAAAAGAGACUACAAAUUGAAGGGAAGAUGGUUAAUUUUUCUUUUUUAAAAAAAAAAUUAAGGCAGAUUUUAAGACUUAUAAAAUGUUUAAGAAAUUAUAAACAGGUU